ACAUUGACGUUUGACUUGACAGAUCAGACAAAAUGCUGUGAUGUUUUUUAUUUUGUGUUGAAAUUAUAAAAUUAAAAGAAAAAUGUUGCAGCGUUUACUUCAUAUACGUUUCGAUGUUAAAAUAUCUAGUAGGCAUUCAAAUUUAUUAUUCAGAACUGCAAAUCAUAGUUUGCCAUGUAAUCAGUGCGGGUUCAGGUUAUUUUCUAGUCACAAGGCUGUGGCCCUUCGAAAUUAUUACGAGAAGUCUUCCUUUAUCAGAAAUGGCAUUUACUGUAUUAAACCAAGGUAUUUUAGUAGCCAAGUGGAUGCCGAGAAAAAGGAUGCUCCAGUCGAUUGUGUUAAAACGAAGGCUCCAUUGGAAACUACGAAGAAAAUCAAUGUGAAGUUAAAGACUUCAGAAGUAAAGCGAUUGUUUACAUUGGCUGAACCUGAGAAAUGGACUCUGGCUGGUGCCAUAAGCUUCCUUGUAGUAUCAUCAAGUGUGACUAUGGCGGUUCCAUUCUCCCUGGGCAAAGUUCUAGAUAUUAUCUACAACAGCACCAGCGACCUGGGCGCUGCCAGAGAGAAGCUGGAUACACUGUGUUUGAUGCUCUGUGGAGUAUUCCUCAUUGGCGGCCUGUGUAACUUCGGCAGAGUGUACUUGAUGUCAAUAUCUGGUCAAAGAAUGACCCAAGCUCUCAGAAAGCAAGUUUACGCUGCAAUAAUGCGUCAAGAGCCUGCUUGGUUUGGCAAGACUUCGACGGGUGAGCUGGUCAACAGACUGUCAGCAGAUACCCAGCUUGUUGGUCGGAACUUGAGUGAGAAUGUCAGCGAUGGACUGCGCUCACUAUUCAUGGUGGGAGCAGGUACGGGAAUGAUGUUCUACAUGUCGCCAUCCCUGGCGCUUAUUGGAUUAUGCGUAGUGCCUCCUGUGUCAAUGUUAGCCGUGGUCUAUGGGCGCUUCGUGCGCGGCAUCACGCGGCAACUGCAGGACACACUGGCUGAGACUAGUGAGUUAGCUGAAGAAAAAAUAUCGAACAUAAAGACUGUAAAAGCAUUUAGCAAAGAAAAACUAGAAUGUGAGUCGUAUGGGAAAAGAAUCGAGAAUUUACUAACACUGGCCUACAAGGAAUCUUUGGCUGUUGGAAGCUUUUAUGGAAUGACCGGCCUAUCAGGGAACACAAUAAUAAUCCUAGUUUUAUACUACGGAGGCGGCAUGGUUGCGACGGAACAGCUAACGGUUGGCAACCUCACCUCGUUCCUAUUAUAUGCUGCCUAUGUGGGCAUCAGUAUCGGAGGCCUAAGCAACUUCUACACUCAGCUCAACAAAGGCAUUGGAGCUGCGACUAGGCUGUGGCAGAUUAUUGACAGAGAGCCUAGUAUACCUGUGACAGGUGGUCUCAGGCCCAAGGACAGGCCAAAGGGCGAGAUCAUACUGGACAACGUUUGGUACUGCUACGAGGGUGCUCCUCUUAUAAAGGGCUUCAAGCUUCACCUCUUACCUGGGAAGUCUGUGGCCCUAGUUGGCAGGUCGGGAUGUGGCAAAAGCACCAUAGCCUCCCUUAUUCUCAGGCUGUAUGACCCCGAAAAGGGAAGGAUAAUGCUAGACGGCGUCGACAUACGAGAGUUGGAUCCUGUUUGGUUGAGAAGCCAUAUUGGUUAUGUCAGUCAGGAACCUGUAUUAUUCAAUGGAUCGAUCAAGGAGAACAUUCUGUAUGGUGCGCCAGAUGAUUAUAAGGAAGAAGAAGACAACAAGAAAGAGCCGGCAUGGCUAACGGCGGCCCGCACGGCGCACUUACACGAACUAGUUGUUUCAAGCCACGAGGGUUGGGAGCGGCAAGUGGGCGCGCGCGGCGGCCAGCUCAGCGGCGGCCAGAAGCAGCGCGUCGCCAUAGCGCGGGCCAUCGUCAAGAACCCAAAAAUCUUGAUACUAGACGAAGCUACCUCGGCACUAGAUACGUAUUCAGAAUACUUAGUUGAUAAGGCCUUAAAGGAGAUAAGCAAAGACCGUACUGUGCUCACGAUCGCUCAUAGGCUAAGUACGAUACAAUCGGCAGACGAGGUGGCGGUAUUAGAAAACGGCGUUGUCAUAGAAAAAGGUACGUACUCAGAACUAAUGGCCAAGGAAGACGGAUUCUUCAGAGAAUUGAUAACGCAUCAGACAUUCGCGUCUAAAUCCAAGUCAAGGGACAAAAGGGAACUGCAAAAGACAAACUAAAAACUUUGGGCUCUCACGCGCUAAAUUAAGGAGAAUUAUAUUUUUCCACAAAUACAAAUAAUAUAUUUUAAUAGUGACAUUGGUAAAUGAUACUUCCGGCUGGUAAAAAUUUCGCUUAGGUCGCACUAAGGGCGAUGCUUGGUAUGUCAUUAAACUACUGCUAAGUGUUGCCUUGUAGUUUGUCGGCUAAAACGUAAACGCAAUACGUCGGUAAUGGUGCUUUAUAUUUUGUGUCUAUUUCAAAUGUCGAUUAGUAAGUGUUUGAGAGCCCUAAAACAGUACAUUAUUGUAUGCAAAAUUUAUUAGUGUCUAAUUUAGAUAAUUUGUUAUAUUGCUUUUUAUUUAUAAACAUCAAAUCUUAUAUUUGAUUUGAUGAAGGUGAAGUGAAUAUACCUAUAGAAUAUGCAUUGUUGUGUCCGUUCGAUGUGUUUGGUGCUGAUGCGAUAAGACCAAGCAAACAAAAUCAUAUCAAUAUCACUAUGGUUACAAAUAAGAGCACAAAAUAAACGGGAUACGCGAAUUAGUUUUAAAUUGUUAUUAAAUAUAGUUUUUUGAACAAGGGCUGGCACGAAUGGAAUUUGUUACAUUUUACCGAUAUCUUAAAUACAUGCAUAUUGGUGGUACUUUUAAGAGAUUUAUAGAUAAAUUGAACCAGAUAAGGAUAACAAAUCGCAAUAUCGCAAUCGCUGUACUUAACCCCACAGCCAAAGUUCAAUUUUUAAAAAAUGUAGGAUUUACGUAAGUCUACCGAGCUAACAUAGAUAAAUGUUGAUAAUGUUGUUUUUAUUGUUCCAAUUAUCAGACCAAUAACACUAAGCGCCAAAGUUCACGACUUUGAGUAAUUUUUGUUAGUUGAUAGAUAACAUAAAGAUAAACAAACAUAAAUCCAUUCAUAAACAUUUGUAUUCAUUCGUAAAUGCUCGCUCUCACCACGUUAAUUUUUUUCCCAUGGAGUUCAGAUCCGGGUCUUGGUUAAUUUUACAAUAUUUUUUGUCCAUCCAGGGACUAUUGGCUUUUCC